AUGGCGUCCAGUCCUCGUCAUCAGUAUCAUUUGGUGUCAGAGAGGAAGAGCUGGACAGAUGCCCAGUCGUACUGCAGAGGGACGUUCACAGACCUGGCCUCCGUCGAGAGUCAGGAGGAUAUGGACAGGCUUACUCAGCUGGCCCGAGACCGUGGGGACGACACUGAGGUCUGGAUUGGUCUCCGGGGUGACAUGGAUGAUCUGGACUCCUGGAAGUGGUCACUGAACCGGAGUGGGUUUUAUGGGGAGGGAGAGGCGGCGUUCAGGGACUGGGGUCCCCAACAUCCUCUGGUGCAGGCCUUUGUGUAG